AUGUUGACUUCAGCCUCAUCGGGAUCAUCCUCUUCGCAUGCGUCAAUGAGCUCACUAGCAUCGCGGUCCUCUCGCGGCGGCUCCGCGCCAAGUUCCCGCUCCCGCUUGUCUCACUUGUCCGAGCCAAAACAAACUCUUACGCCUAGCCGCAAGCAUCGCAAGAUGCUUAAGAACGGGCAGGGCGAAGUAUGGCCAGAGUAUAUUGAAGAAAUCUUCGUUGAAGGUCUACGCGCGUACUGGCGAUCUUCGUCCGUUAGCUUUCAAAGCGGCCGCAGUCGCGAGCGAAAUGAUUUCAUUGUCAAAUAUCUCGGCGAGAUGAGGAUCGAGCGUACGAAGAAGCAGGUUGCCAGUCAUAUUCAGGUACUACGGAGUAUGUGGGGUAAACCUGAGCACAAGGAUUUGCGGAUGCUCGUAGCCAGUAUCGACGAGCUCAUUGACGAGGGCGGUGUCCCUCGGGACAAGGAAGCGAUCGAGAAGCUUAUGGGCCGCGCUUGGGUUCCGCUUGACCAUCGGCGCCGGGUGCCCAAGAUCAGGGAACCGCAGAUCAAGGAGGAGUUCGAGGGUGAAGCACUCGGCGAAUUGCCCUCCGAGUACGACUACGUGAAGGCGGAGCCCAUGUCCUCACCCCCGAGCCUAAACUUGAACACCAACAACCUUCACGCUCUCAGCAGUCCGCUCGCCGCGACCCUGUCACCGCUUUCGAGCGUCGGCAGCAGUCCGGAAGACUCCUUCACCGGCUCCGACGUCUUCUUCCCUCCGCAAGGCCGUGGCCGGUCGCUCUCCUACCUGGCGCUGUCCCCUGCCGCGGCGAUGGACACCGCCUCUUUGCCUCAUGUCGCCAGUCCCCGCACACGCCUUUCAUCGCUCUCCGUCUGGGCACAGGGCAUGGACUAUGUGACCGCUCCGCUUACGCACCUUCUCGCGUCCCCUACGCGCAUGGCUAUCCGCGUCGGCCUCACAGCCUCGCUCCUCAAUGACAUGGCGGCCGACCCCAAUAUGAACGGUUUCCAGGUGGUCGUCACGCUCACGGGCGCGUACCAGAACGCGUGCUGUCUCUCGCGAGUCAUCCUGAAUGGCGAGAUUGAGGCGGAACAGCGCGCAUCGUUGGACCUUUUCUCAAGUACGGGUACAGAGUAUGCCUACGUGCUGAACGACACAUGGCUGGCACAGUGCCGGUGGCGCAACUCGGGUGUCCACACAUGUUUCGCGCAACAUAUAUUCAUCGACGGGCAAGAGGUCGCGGUCGUCUUCUACGAUCUUACACGCUCGCCAGGUCCCGCGACUGCCACGAUCCGUGAGACAACUUGGAGGGAACAGAGUUUGCAUCGCGAAGACUACAACGCCUUCCUCUCUCAGCUCGGCGCCCACGUUCCAAGGGUCCAAGCCGCCUCGUUGUCCGGCACCGCUACGUCACCCGCCUCGGGGCCUCAUGCCCAGCCACCUGCCCCAUCGAUCGCCUACGCACAGCAGCAGCAGGCCACGUCUCCCGCGUACACCUGGAGUUCCGCGCCCUUGCCCGUGCAGCAGCCCACGCACACGCACGCACCGCAUCACGCCACGUACUUCAACCAAGCGCUCCCUUACAAUCAACCCGCGGCGGGCCGCGCACCCAUCGGAAGUACGGCGUACGGCGGCAACGCGGCCGUUCCACGCGUACUGCCCACUACAUCCACUCUUUUCUCAUGA